ACCUGACCUUAGUCCAUCCAGAUCAAUAGGGAAGCGAGGGUGGAAGGGCGCGACCGGAUCGUUUACCGCUGGCUGGCUGUUUCCGAGGAACUACAGACUUCCCGUGCACUUUGGCGUACUCGCUGUAAAGUGGAUAUCGCGGCGAGCACCGAGAGGGCGAAUCCCCCCGCUUUGUGUGAUCGUGGUAGACUUUUCUCCCUCCUCCCCCCACCCCUCCGACCAUGUCUUUCCCGCAGCUGGGAUAUCAGUAUAUCCGGCCGAUAUACCCGCCAGGGGAGCGCCAGGGGAUCGGCAACGCGCGCGCCGGGACGGAGCUGAGCCCGUCCGGGGCUCUGUCGAACGUUCUGUCCACUAUGUACGGAUCCCCCUUCGCCGCGGCGCAGGGCUACGGAGCGUUUCUGCCCUAUUCCAACGAUAUAUCCAUUUUCAAUCAAUUGGGUGCUCAGUAUGAGCUGAAAGACAGCCCGGGCGUACAGCACCCCGGAUUUGCUCACCAUCACCCCGCUUUUUACCCGUACGGCCAGUAUCAGUUCGGUGACCCGUCCAGACCCAAAAACGCAACCAGGGAGAGCACCAGCACGCUGAAGGCCUGGCUGAGCGAGCACCGCAAGAACCCCUACCCCACCAAGGGGGAGAAGAUCAUGCUGGCCAUCAUCACCAAAAUGACCCUCACCCAAGUGUCCACCUGGUUCGCCAACGCCCGGAGGAGGCUAAAGAAGGAGAACAAGAUGACCUGGACUCCCCGGAGUCGCACGGACGAAGAAGGGAAUGUUUACAGCAGCGAUCACGAGGGAGACGAGGGAGACAAGAGGGAGGACGAGGAGGAGAUCGAUCUGGAAAACAUCGACACGGAAAAUAUCGAGAACAAGGACGACUUGGACGACCAGGACGACCUGCAUUCCGACCUGAAAUUAGACGGUCGAAGUGACUCGGAGAUUUCGGACGGCUAUGAGGAUUUACAAGGGCCCGACCCGAGGUUUUUAAAGGCGGUGGGCAAAGAGGGCAAAGACGUUCACGUGGAGAGGGGCGAACACCUCGACAGCGGCAACAGCCACCACCAUCACCACCACCACCACCACCUCCACCACCAUCACGCUUUCGACAUGAAGGCGUCUCAGCCCAACGGGGACGCGCUAAAACUUAACCCGGCCUCCGCCAACUCCCCGCCGCCCGAAAACAACGCGGCCCCGGCCCAAAAGCCAAAGAUCUGGUCUUUGGCAGAGACGGCCACGGCCCCUGACAAUCCACGCAAAUCCCCCCAAAUGAACGGCCACUGCGCCGGGCCGGCCGCGCAGACUAUCAUCACUCCUCACAGACUCAUCUCCUGCCCCGUUGGGAAAAUCCAGAACUGGACGAACCGAGCCUUUUCGGCCCACCAGCUCGCGUUACUGAACUCGAACCACUAUCUGGGACUGGCGAACCAGGCGACAGCCAACGGCCUCGCCCUGUACAGCAGGCAAACGGAGGACAAGAGCCACAGUUCAGAGACAGCAGUCACGGGCAGUACGUGUCCCCGGCACUGAGCGAGACGAACUGCCAUGAUCCCAGAACCCCCCCACCCCCCCUCCUCCUCUCUGCCCCCCUCCCUCCUCUCUAUUGCAACACAGCGGCCUGCUCAUGGACGUACACGCAUAUAGUGUAUUUCAAUGUUGUAUCGUUCACGUGACAGAGUACUUAAGGUGUGCGGAUGCUUUGAAAUGAGCGUGUUCAACGGAGGUUGUUUUUAAUUUUUAUUUUUUAUUCUUCUAUUUUUUUCGUGUGUGUGCUAAGUGCUGAUGAGCGAACAGAAAGGCUGGAGUGAGUGAACGCUGUCCUUGACUCGUGUGUGGUGAUGGCUGGCUCCCCUUCUUAGCUGUUAUCGCAUCUUUGUGUUAUUUAAGACCCACGGUUGGCUUUUCUUUGCCUAUUGGCUUACACUGACCCCUCAAGUCCAGACCUAUUCCUCAUUCAAGACCAGACCCUUUCCCCUGCGUCACUAUAGCGUUGUCCCACUGAUUGGGCGGUUAAAAUUAACGUCCCCCCCCCUCCUCCUUAUUUUUGGUGUUUAGUUUGGUUUCAUGUUAUUAGCAUCAGCGUUAUUUCAGCAGAGAUCUAGUGCCUUGGAAGCGGAGGAGUAAAAAGUUGUUAAAAAAAGCAGCUUUACCAAACCCCCACUUCAGAGACGGUAAGAGGCAAGUCAUUUUCAAGCCAUUUUGGGAAUCUUCUCUUUUUCAUUGCAUUGAUUUGUAAACCGCAAUAUUAAUAUAAAAUUAGCAUUUUUAAUGGAUCCCCCCCGCGUGUGUGUGUGCGUGUGUUUGUGUGUGUGUGUGUGUGUGUGUGUGUGUGUGUGUGUGUGUGUGUUCGAGCUAUUUCGUUAAGGCUCCAUGCCUUUCACGUAUUUGGUCGUAUGCAAAUUAGCUCAAUUCAAAUUCAGCACAGAAUCAACGAGGCUCGAUUUUUUUUUUGGUUUUUUUGUUUUUAUUUAUUUUUCCCCCCCGUCUUCAGUUCUAUAUCACCUUGUGUUUUUAGUUCUUCUCAAUGAAGUUAUGUUUUAGGUAUUUUUUAGGUUAAGACAUGUUUUAUUUUUUUCUUCUUUUACUUUUGUGUGUUACAGAACCAAACCGAAGCAACCACGGUUCUCUGGGCUGUCUCCUCCUCAUAGGCCCCCUUUUGCUCUUCUUCUUUUUCUCUUCAUUUAAAUAUGCUGUAUGGAAUGUAAAAUAAGAAUAAUACAUCUCUGUAAACUUACAUUGUAAGCAUGUCCCGUGUAAAACUGCUAAUGUAAUAAUGUAUGAACCUGUAGUCUGUGUGUUAUUAUUAUUAUUUUUAUUUUUUUUCCUUUUUCUUUUUGUAAGUUCUGUGAGGAUUUGAUGUUCAGAUGUUUUGUAUAUAAAGUUAAGAAAAUGUACAUACUUGUGAACCAAAUUGUACAAGAAAGUCUAUAUUUUUGGCUAAUAAAUGAAUUGC